AUGCUCACGCCUCUUUCUCACCAAGCUGAGGAAGCACUACCCACAGAUUCCCCAGACAGGACAGAAGUUGUUUGGAUACCUAAGCCAACGACGCAGACAACGGGUCAAGCUAUCGAAGUGGACGAAGCCAUCCUUGAGAAAGCUGACUGCGCACACCGCAUCAUAGAAGGCAUACCUUGCCCCAUCGCUUUUGGAACAUACAAGUCAGACCCCCACAAGCACUUCUACCUAGCCGAGUUCAUGGAGAUGACCGCAGGCCUCCCUGAUAUCCGCGCAUUCUCCGCCAUGCUAGCUAAGCUGCAUCACGACAGCAUGGUAGACCCAAAGGCGCCCAGGGAAUUCGGAUACGACUUUAUGACGCACGAAGGCAGCAUGUACCAGGACAUAAAGUGGAGAAAGACAUGGGAAGAACUGUAUAGCCAGCGCUUCCAGUCAUUCGUCGACCAAGAGCUAGCAUCACAAGGCCCGAGCGAAGAGGUCGAGAGGCUGGUGCUUGGUCUCAAAGAGAAGGUCAUUCCGCGACUGCUUCGGCCUCUCAACACGCAUCGUCGCAAACUGAGACCGGUUGCGCUUCACGGCGACAUUUGGUGUGGCAACAUAGCUACCAAUGCGGUUACCGGUGAGCCCGUCUACUUCGACCCCGCGGUCUUUUGGGGCCACAACGAGUAUGACGUCGGUAGUAUGGCCACUCCUCGUUACAAGCUCGGUCGAGAGUGGAUGCAGGAGUAUCACAAGUUCUUCCCUAUAUCAGCACCAGAGUGCGAUUAUGAAGACCGAAACGUGCUCUAUGCGAUAAGCGGACACUUGUGCGCUUCCGCGUUAUAUCCCGAGAAGAGCGACUUCCGCAAGAUGGCCGUUGUAGAUAUGCAGCGACUCCUCGACAAGUAUCCAGAUGGGUAUCAAGGGGAGUGA